UUUUGAUCAUGUGAUAAGACCGCCACUCCAACUCUACUCCAGCUCCGCUGGGUCAUCUUGAACCCAGCUUAAGAGUAUGCGAUAGCUUCCGUCAUUUAAAUUUGAAGUGUGUUUGAAGUUUUCCAAAAAAAAAAAAAAACAUUUUUUCCAAAAACGAGUAUGUGGAACUCUACUAAUCCGAAUCAGUUGAAAGGCGAAAAAGAAAAAGGCAGCAAAGAAAAAGUAUCAAAAGUCCGCGGCGGCCUGGCGGUGAAACACCUCAAAAUUUCCGAAGCGCAAAAAGUGUACGAACUGUACGAUUUCAAAGAGGAAAUCGGGCACGGAUCGUUCGGCGUCGUCGUUCUGGCUACUGAAAAGGCUUCGAACAAAUCGUGGGCCGUCAAAAUCGUACACAAAAAUAUCGCGGGAGCGAGCAAACUGACCGAAGUAGACCGCGAAAUUAAAAUCUUGAAAACGGUAAAUCAUCCGAACAUCAUCUAUCUGGAUCGGGUGUACGAAUCGCCGAAGAAAAUCUACAUGAUUUUGGAAUUGUGUCCGAGAGAACUGUACGCAGUCUGGAUGGACAGGAAACCGUUUUCGGAGAAGAUGAGCAAAAAGGUGAUUUUACAGUUGGCCGAUGCCGUCUCUUAUUUGCACAAAACUGAUAUCGUGCACAGAGACAUAAAAAUGGAAAACAUCUUGUUGGCCGAUAAUCCAGCGGACGCUUCGGACGAAUGCUUCAUCAAGCUGACCGAUUUCGGACUGAGCAUCGUCAAAUCCGGAGUGGGAAUUCAGAGUUUGAUGAGCGAAUAUUGCGGCACCGUCGUUUACAUGCCUCCGGAAAUAUUGGCAAUGAAAACUUACAGUGAAUUGUGCGACGUAUGGGCGAUCGGCGUCAUAAUGUUCAUGAUGCUCUACGGAAAAUAUCCAUUUAUGGACAAAACCGAGGAGAAAAUUCGCGCGAAAAUUUGUCACGACGAACCGGACUACAAGGACAGCGGAGUAGGAAAAGAAGCUGUCGAAUUGCUGAAGGAUAUUUUGAAAAAAAAUCCAGUGCAAAGGAUAACGGCCUCGCAAAUCAAAGAAAAUCCAUGGCUGAGCAACAAGCAACACAAGCGCAAAGAGCAGAAUAUCGUCGACAUGAUGAAACAGUUCGCGACCGAAUCGAGCCCAACGGGUCCACGAGUUAGAGGCCUGAGUAUCUUAUCUGAGGGAUUAAUUCAAGACUCCUCCACAAGAUUGAAUCAGCAGAAAUAUGUCAAAAGAAACGAGUCGUCACAUAAAACCCAAGAAAAGAAACGCUAAUUCAUUGAUUGUACUUUAUAAAUAAAUAUAAGAUUUUACAAGAAAUUUAUUUUAUUGAAAUUGUUGUUUAGUUUUUUCAAUAAAAAGUUGUUAGAAGGUUAAGUGUUAUUCACAUCCACUUAACGUACGGAAAAUUAAUAAUAAAGAAAAGUUGAAGAUUAUGUACUUAUAUGUAAUUGUUUACAUUCACUUAAAAAUUAAGAAAACUAACUUAACACACGGAAAAGUUGAACCAACUUCAGCUUAAGAAAAUCUGUACGGUUAUUUCAAUAAUAAUUAUGAAUGACAGAGAGAAUAAACUACUCUGUUAUUAUCAAUGUCAUUGGUGAUUACACAUAAAAAAUUAACUUCACUGUAAACACACAUCUUUUCUUUUCCAUACAGUAAGUUACGAUAAGUGAAUGUAAGU